GUGUGACGUGAUGUAUCCUCUUGCUUUACAGUUGCUGGUCAAACAGUUCCCCGAGUGACAGCUAAACAGGAACACUGCCCGACUGCUGUAUGAAAGUGUUGGAGGGAGGGUAUUGCAUCUGAAACAAAAUAUUACGUUUUUGUAACAAUGGAGGACUACCAACCUAACGAUGAGGUUUCCUUUAAUGCAGAUGAAGCCAGCAACUCCGUGAAAGAGUGCAUUGAAAGUAUCCUUGGUGGGGUGGACUACAAUCAAAACAAAGUAAACCAGUGGACAGCCAGUAUCGUGGAACACUCUCUAACUCAGCUUGUUAAACAAGGGAAACCUUUUAAAUACAUAGUAAACUGUGCUGUAAUGCAGAAGAGUGGGGCUGGUCUGCACACAGCCAAUUCCUGUUAUUGGGACACCACUACGGAUGGAAACUGCACAGUAAGAUGGGAGAAUCGGACCAUGUAUUGUGUCGUCUGUGUUUUUGCAGUUGCUGUCACCCUGUAGCUGUUUGAAAGCUGGACAAGAACACACACUCACACACAGAGACACACCAAAGCCUUGACGAUCUAAUGCUGUUUUUGACAUUAAAUGAGUGUAAUAACGCAAGGACUAAGAAUGAGUUGUUAAUGAACACACAGGUAUGCACUCUUCUAGAACCUUGCACCCAAGCUACAGGGAGGGGUCUUUGAAUGGCUGCUUUAGUAGGAAAUGGAUGGAAGGGUUGAACUAAGGGGCUAUGUUUUUUGAUAAGGAUUUGUUAUUGAACAUGCAGGUAUGCACUGUUCUGGAAUCCCAAGCUACUACAUUACUCUUUUCCCAUUUUUUUUAUUUAUUUAUUGAUAUUCUGUGAUGAAAGCACUCUAUACACAGGCGCCUCUUGUUCUGGGGCAGCUGGUUUUGCCAGAUAUUCCUUCUUAUGAUGUCUUGGCACUGUCUUAAAAGUUCAGCAUAGAAACCCAAAUGUCUCUAUUUUUGGGAGGCUUGUGUGUGUCUCUUAAGUGGUGCUGAGUGACUUCCAUGGUAUCAGCUAGUUGAUAGUAGUGUACAAUAACAAAACUAAAGCUUAGUCAUUUAAGUAUUACCAUUUUCUUUACAAAAAUGUCUUAUUUAAUUAUUAAAGAGCAGCAUUAUUAUUAUUAAGGUCCUGAAACCGCAAAUUCAAAUACCCCUUCAUGACAAAGGACAACAUUGUUAAAUUGUGUGUGCCAGCUUUCAGAUUUCACAGUCCUGUUCAUUUUCAGUAUAAUAUAGUUUUUUUUUCUGUUUCAGAACUGCUAUGUUAUUGUAAUUUUUCACUUCUCUUGAAAAGUAUAGACUAUUAAACCUUAUAUACAUUGUAUCUACUGUAAUUUUAUUACAGUACAAGAGCUUGAUUGAUAGUGUCUGAAUUGCCAAUCCUUAAAUAUUAGCAGCCGGGAAAGUAGAAUUUGAAAUAAACCCACAAGAUGAAUAUCAUUCACCUACAUUUUAGUAACUUUUUAUCAUAGGAUGUAAAUAGCCCAGUAGAGCAUGCCUUGUGUAUUGCAUCCGGUGCAGAUUGAUUUGUUAUUUUUAGAGCAAAUAGAAGAAUGUAUGCAUUUGUAUUCACUAGUGCUUAACUGUAAAUAUAAAUAUAAUGUUGUAAUGCCAUCAGGGAUACUUUUCUGACAACAGUCAUGUUUUGUAACUUUGCAUUACUUUAACACACAGCAGAGCCACAAACACCUCUCAGCUCAGUUCUAAAUGUUUUAUAUCUAAUUAGAUGGAUUAUUGUUUUUUAAAUCCCCAGUAGGAGGUUGUGUACAAUACGUGUAUUCACUUGUGGCUGUUUCAAUGUAUUCCAGCCACGUCCUUGCCUAUCGAUUUGAGCAGUCCAGAGCCGUGUUCCAAACAGCUGUAAAUUGGACCUAGAUUAAAUAACUAACAACUUGUUAGUAGAAGGGCCUGGAUUGGAAUGGGUUGAAGGGUCUACAUGUGAAUUAUCACAGUCCUGUAAACUUACCAAAUCAGAAGUAAUCAACCCCCUAAAUGCUAUUCUCAAAAAAGAAGAGAGCUUCCACUAAAAGCAUAACAAGAUAAUCCCCUAUUUGCCAAAUAACUGUAUAUCUAACCAUGAACGUUAGUAGAUUUGCAAAAAGACUCUUGCUUGUAUUUAAAGAGCAGACAGUUAUCCAUUCAGGGAUACCAAGAUAUUUAUAAAGUGAUUGAAUUGGUUUUGAGAGGGGUAUUUAUAAAGUGAUUGAAUUGGUUUUGAGAGGGGUAAAACAAGGAAAGAUGUCCCACCCCCUAACACAAACCAGUGGUCCUAAUCUGUAGAGUAAAACAAAUAUCCAAACUCUACUGAAAGGUGUGAUGAAGGCACUUUGCAUUUUAACAGGACUGGGUACAAUGUUUACAAUUUUAAACCAAGUCUUUGGAGCUGCUUGACAUCUUUUACACAGGCUUCAUAUUUGCAGUAUAGUUUGCAGGGGAUUAUUUUUAUAUAUAUAUAUAUAUAUAUAUAUAUAUAUAUAUUAUUUAUUUCUUAGCAGACGCCCUUAUCCAGUUACUUUUUGGUAACUGAAAUAAGAUUGCAUACGAAGAAAUUAUUUUGCCUACCACUUAGAUCUUUUUUUUUAUUUGGUUUUGUUUCUGACACAAUCCAGCAGCAGUGCGUUUAUGAUCCAUAAGAUGGUGGUAAUGUAGUUUAGGAAACAACACAGCCCACCCAACAUCAGAGAAGAAAAGCUCCAGUAACAUCAGUGUGCAGUCUUUUAUAUGAUGUGCAAAUGUGUUCUGCAUAUUACAAACGUGAUUUUUAAAUGUUAUAAGUCCAUAAGUAUGAAGUACAUUAUUUCACAGUUUAAGAGAAAUCAGUUUUGCUUAAAGUGAGAAUAAAUUCUUUAUUUUAUUGGAGGCGAUGCAGGUGGUUGUAUGCAGCCAUGUAAUAAUGUGUGUGAACAGCAGGGGGCUGUCUUACACAUACACAUGCUUUAAUAUUGAACCAUGAACUUUCUUCUAGCAGACCUGGGAGAAAUAUCUGUAAUAGAGAUGACUUUGCAAAUACCUCUGCAGUCUUGGUUAAUCAACUCAACAUAUUAAUAAAUUGAUUUGAUGAGUAAUUAAAACAGAAAGUUAUAGUGUAACUGCCAUUUUAAUAAUGUUAUAUGAAUGACUGAUAACUAGCAAUCACACUAAGUGGAUUACUUUUCCCCCCCCUUUAAUGAUCAAAACUGAUUGUGCAUGUUUUCUUUUCUUUUUUUUUUUGUUGCAAUUUACAGUAAUUUAUAAUUUCACCUGCAGAUUGUAAUAACUGGAUAUGUUAAUUCUUACACUUAGUUGAAAUAAACUGGUUUGUGGUAUUAUUGUCUUCCCUGUGAUGCAUUAAUGAAUUUAUUUCUAAACACUGCAAAAAUAUGUAAUAUACUUCAGCCUUAAUAAAGCUUAAGAUUGUGAUAGCUUGCUCUUUUACAUUGAAGAAACUGUAAAACUGGAUAACAUGAAAUGUCUCUUUAAUAGUGCGAUCAGCUGAGUAUUAAUGUUCUUCAUGCUUCCAUGGUAUAUAUGUCACACUGUUAAUAAAAGGAGGUAAUCAUACCAUAUACUAUGGUACUGACAUUUAUUUAAA